ACUACUAGAACAUUUUCUCUCAUAAUAUGAUGAGUUCCUAUUAAAAUAUUAUAGUUCUUGACUAAAAAAGUAAAAACAAUAACUUUUCUAAAAGAAGAAUAAUAAUAUGUUACGCGACAAGUUAAUUUAGAGCAUGCAUUUUAUGCAUUUAUCUAUAGAUUAUCUUAGCAUCAGAAGAAACCCUACCUACAUUACUAGCUGUUGGCUGCUAAAUUGCUGCAUACGAUGGCCGCAUGCGACUCGUCUCAGCCGAUCAAGGUUUAAGAGUGAGAGAAAGAAAGAGAGAGAGAGAAUAUCAUAACUUGCGAAUUGCGCGGGAGCAACUUGUGUUGUUUAUCUUUGUUGUUUGAAUCGACAGUCUUACUUCUCAAGAGAUCCGUUCAUUAUUAAAUCAUCGUUUCUUUUCAAAUAGGCUGGCAAUAUAUUCGAAAAUAAACAACGCAGUUGCAGAGGUUAGCUCUUGACUUAUCCUUCACACAAUCCUUCGAUUCAACAUAAAAACAAUCGGCAUCGUCAAAAUGACCGACCUAGUGGAAGUGAUGGAUGUCGACCAAGAGGCCGGACCAUCCACGUCGAGCACGACGACGACCAAAGCGACGACCAAGAGCAAAAAGAUGAACGUGCCGUGGAUCGAGAAGUACCGGCCGCAAAAGUUCGAGGACAUCGUCGGCAACGAGGACACGGUCGAGCGCCUGUCGGUGUUCGCCGAGCACGGCAACGCGCCCAAUCUCAUCAUAGCCGGCCCACCGGGCGUGGGCAAAACCACGACCAUCCUCUGCUUCGCCCGAAUACUCCUUGGCCCCACCUUCAAGGACGCCGUGCUCGAGCUCAACGCCUCGAACGAGCGCGGCAUCGACGUCGUGCGCAACAAGAUCAAGAUGUUCGCCCAGAAGAAGGUGAACUUGCCGCCCGGCAAGCACAAGAUCAUCAUCCUCGACGAGGCCGAUAGCAUGACGGACGGCGCUCAGCAGGCUCUGCGCCGUACCAUGGAGAUUUACAGUCAGACGACCAGAUUUGCUCUGGCUUGCAACAACAGCGAGAGAAUCAUCGAACCCAUACAAUCUCGCUGUGCCAUGGUAAGGUACGGCAAGUUGAGCGAUGCACAGGUUCUGGCCAAGAUCAUGGAUGUAUGCCGCAAAGAAAAUGUUUCUUUCACCGAUGAUGGCCUAGAGGCUAUUGUAUUUACUGCUCAGGGAGAUAUGCGACAAGCUCUAAACAAUUUGCAGUCAACUGUCAAUGGAUUUGGUCAUGUGAAUAGUGAAAAUGUUUUCAAAGUCUGCGACGAGCCACAUCCUUUACUUGUUACAAACAUGUUAGAAUUGUGUUUGAAAGGUGAUGUGAGUCAGGCUUAUCAGAUCUUGAAGAGUCUGUGGGAUCUAGGAUAUUCUCCUGAAGAUCUUAUUAGUAAUAUAUUUAGGAUUACAAAAAAUUUAGAUAUAGAUGAACACAUAAAAAUUGAUUUUGUUUAUGAAAUUGGUUUAACCAAUUUAGAAAUUGUUAGAGGUAACAGUAGCUUAUUGCAAAUGAACAGUCUUAUUUGCAGGUUGUGUCGUAUAGCAACUGAACCAAAAGAUGAUUAAGCAAAUAUUGAAAAUUACAUACCAUAUCAUAAUGUAAAUUUUGUUAAUUUUAAUCAUUAACUAUGAUGACGUACAACUGAAUUUCAUAAAUUACGUCAUGUUAUUUUUGUAAAUAAAAUGUGAUUGUUAUACGAAUCAA